AGCCUUGAGCCCGACUGGUCCUCCUCCUCCUCUCCCUCCUGUUGACCGGCAGGCAGCCGCGUGAAGCUGUUGGCCAUGCCACUGAAACAUUAUCUCCUUUUGCUGGUGGGCUGCCAGGCCUGGGCUGCGAGCUUGGCCUACUAUGGCUGCCCUAGUGAGUGUACCUGUUCCCGGGCCUCCCAGGUAGAGUGCACAGGGGCACAGAUCGUGGCAGUGCCGACCCCUCUGCCCUGGAAUGCUAUGAGCCUGCAGAUUCUUAACACACACAUCAUGGAACUCCCUGAGGGCCCUUUUCUCAACGUCUCAGCCCUCAUCGCCCUGAGGAUGGAGAAGAAUGAACUGUCAAACAUCAUGCCAGGUGCCUUCCGCAACUUGGGCUCGCUGCGCUACCUCAGCCUUGCCAACAACAAAAUAUACGAUUUGCCUCUUGAGGUCUUCCAGAACCUACCCAAUCUGGAAUCCCUCCUCCUGUGCAAUAACCAGCUGGUGCACAUCCAGCCAGGCCAGUUCUCCCACUUCAGUAAUCUUAAGGAACUCCUGUUGCAUGGCAACAAGCUGGAAUACAUCCCUGAAGAGGCCUUUGACCACCUGGUGGGACUCACUAAGCUGGACCUGGGCAGGAACAGCUUCACCCACCUGUCGCCUAAGGUCUUCCAGCACCUGAGAAACCUCCAGGUGCUCCGGCUCUAUGAGAACAAGCUUUCGGACAUCCCCAUGGGCAUGUUUGACACGCUUGUCAACCUCCAGGAGCUGGCCCUGCAGCAUAACCAGAUCGCCACACUCACCCCCGGCCUGUUCCAUAAUAACCACAACCUGCAGAGACUGUACCUGUCCAACAACCACAUCGGGUUGCUGCCGGCUGGCAUCUUCAUGAGGCUGCCCCAGCUUAACAAGCUCACACUCUUCGGGAAUUCCCUGAAGGAGCUCUCUUCGGGGGUCUUUGGGCCUAUGCCCAACCUGCGGGAGCUUUGGCUCUAUGACAACCACAUUACCGACCUCCCCGACAACAUCUUUAGCAACCUGCACCAGCUGCAGGUUCUGAUUCUUAGUCACAACCGCCUCAGUAACAUCUCCCCGGGAGCCUUCAAUGGGCUGACGAAUCUCCGAGAGCUGUCCCUCCACACCAACGCUCUACAGGACCUGGAUGGCAGUGUCUUCCGAUCACUGGCCAACCUGCAGAACAUCUCCCUCCAGAAUAACCGCCUCCGACAGCUCCCUGGUAGCAUCUUCGCCAACGUCAAUGGCCUCCUGACCAUCCAGCUGCAGAACAACAAUCUAGAGAACUUGCCUUUGGGUAUCUUUGAUCACUUGGUGAACCUGUGUGAGCUUCGUCUCUAUGACAACCCCUGGAGGUGCGAUUCAGAUAUCCUCCCACUUCGCAACUGGCUCCUUCUCAACAGAGCCAGGUUGGGGACAGACACUCUUCCAGUGUGUUCCAGCCCCGCCAACGUCCGAGGACAGUCCAUUGUCAUCAUAAAUAUCAAUGUCCCCGUGCCCAGUAUCCAGGCAAUCCCUGAGGUAUCUAGCUACCCAGACACACCGAGCUACCCUGAUACACCCAGCUACCCCGACACUACAUCCAUUUCCUCUACCACAGAGAUGGCCGGCACCACAGAAGACUACACUGAUCUGAUCACAAAUGAAGCCACUGAGGGCCGCAAUAUAGGGGGCAUGACCGACGCCCAGAGCGGGCUGGCCAUCGCUGCCAUUGUGAUCGGCAUCAUUGCUUUGGCCUGUUCCCUGGCUGCCUGCAUCUGCUGCUGCUGCUGUAAAAAGAGGAGCCAGGCAGUCCUGAUGCAGAUGAAGGCUCCCAAUGAGUGCUAGGGAAGCAGGCUCAAGCAGGGCUGGGGAAGGACGGAACCAGAGGAUCUGAGAACGUGAUCAUUCCAAACCUGGGUCCAUGCAGCCAGGCUCUGAUAGCCCCAGC